AUUUAAUAUUAUUAUUUUUUAUACACGAAAAUUCAUUUCUCAUUGAACGAGCUUUUAUCUUUGAUGCGCACGCUGGCUUAAAUCAGUUAAACAGAAUCCAUAAACAGCGUCAAUACGCAAGGGCUUUUUCACACAUUUAUUAUCAUGAUCUGUUGGCUAGAUGGGGAAUACUGUUUUCUCAUCCAAAUGAUUUUACGCCAGUAUGUACGACGGAAUUAGCUAGAGUAGUAAAAUUAAUACCGGAAUUUGAACAACUAGGAGUAAAAGUUAUUGCAUUAUCAUGUAAUUCAGUCGAUUCUCAUCGCAAAUGGAUAGAAGAUAUAAAGGCUUUUGCUCAAGUAACUGAUAAAGAAUUUCCAUAUCCGAUAAUAGAAGAUGAAACACGAAAACUCGCAACCCUAUUAGGAAUGUUAGAUCCUGCAGAAGUUGAUAGCAAGGGUAUACCUUUGACUGCAAGAGCGGUAUUUAUUAUUGAUCCUGCUAAAAAAAUGCGACUAUCAAUUUUAUACCCUGCAACCACUGGAAGAAGUUUUGAUGAAAUUCUACGUGUGAUUAAAUCGCUGCAGUUGACGGAAAAGCAUAAAGUAGCAACUCCCGUUGAUUGGAAGAACGGAGACCAUGUCAUGAUUCAACCUACUGUUUCCGAUGAAGAAGCUAAAAAACUGUACGAUAAUAUUGAAAUUCUAACUUUACCAUCAGGAAAAAAUUAUUUGCGUAUGGUUCCUCAGCCGACUAUAUAAUUCUCCAAAAAAUAAAUACGUUAAAAAUAAACAAAAUGUAUAUUUAUAAAAAUUAAAGUAUACAUUCAAUAAUGUAUUUUUUCCAAUAUCAUAGCAUUUUCAUAUUCUUUCAAAUACAAUUACAAAUAAGUGUAUUUCGAAAUAUGCAUUAAAAUAUAUUUCUUAGAUUUGU